AUGGUAAACACAAUCCGCGGAAUCCCGGCCCACUGUAACUGCGGUGCACGGGUCUCAAGAAAUACAUCUCGCACCAAAAACAACCCCGGAAGGCUAUUUCACAGCUGCCCCUUCGGCAACGAGCAAAAUCGGUCACAUGUUUUCAAAUGGACAGAUGAAUCGAUGGUUGAAGAGAUAGAGGAUCUAAAACCAAAGAUUCUCGACCUUGAAUCAGCUAUUGCAGAAAAUGGCAAGCGCUUAAGAAACUCCACCAGUCUAAUACAAUCUAUUACACUAGAAAGCCGCACCUCCUCCACACUCGUUCAUCGGUUAGAAGCUAGGCUCUCUGCAUUUGAUCAGGACAUCCAAGGUCUCAAAAUGGAAUUAAAAGGCUUCAGAAACAUGGUCGUCUGUUUGAUUGUCCUCUUCCUUUGCUACAAGGUCUUCCUCUAG